GGGUAAGUCUCAACCGGAAGCUUUUUCUCCGGCUUGGUGUCAUCUUUUUGCAUUUCGCAGGGCCUCGGAUGCCAAGGGGAAAACGGAGUGAAUGACUGGGACUGCCGCUGCUUGCCCGCCAAAGAACAAAAAGUUGUCAUGGGGAUCGGCAUGAGUAAGGUGGUUGAGGGCCUAUACCUCGGGAGCAUCAGUGAUGCUGAGGACAAAGAGAACUUGACGAAACAUGGGAUCACCCACAUUCUUUCGGUGCACAACAAUGCCAAACCUCUACUGGAAGGCAUGACCUAUCUCUGCAUUUCAGCUUCAGACUCUUCGAAUCAAAACCUAAUACAACAUUUUAAAGAGUGCAUCAAGUUUGUUCAUGAAUGUAGGCUGCAUGGGGGAGUUUGUCUCAUUCACUGCUUAGCGGGAGUUUCUCGCAGCACCACCAUUUUGGUAGCCUACCUGAUGACGGUAACCACCUUCGGCUGGGAAGAAUGCUUGGCCGCAGCCAAAGCUGUCCGUUCGUAUGCCAGUCCCAACUUUGGGUUUCAGAAACAGCUUCAGGAGUACGAAGCGACGCUGCUCAAGGAGUACCGAGCCUGGAUCCAGAUGGAGUAUGGCAAGAACCCCCUCUCUGACCAAGAGGAGCUACAGCGUCUACUCUCCCCCAAAGAGGAGAAAGUAAAUGAGCAGCAAAUAGGACUCAGGGAAACCAGAUGGAUCGGUGCUCCCAGCCCAACCGACCACCAGCCACACACCACGUAUGGUGGCAGCAGCAGCACCAGCGGCCGCUACCAAUGGAUGGACAGAUAAUGGGAGCUGUAGGAGAAUUCGGAAGCAACAUUUCCAGUCUCCUUUCUUGGAAGAUGGGGUGGUAUUGAUAGAUUUGCUGCGUCUCGAAGAGGUUGUUGCUGCUCCUUCCUUUCUGGUUCUCCCCUGAACUUGUCAUUCGAUCUCCUUGUGGGUUGGGCUGCACCAGUAGGUUUUCCAGCGGUCAACUUAAGUGCCUCUUGCUGGCCGUUUGGGGGCUGUCCCAAGUCAAGGAGGAACUAUGGGGUGAUUUAACAGUUCCAAGGAGAGAGGUUUGCAGUGAAUUAGCCCAGGCACCUUGCAGGCUGAGAAGAUGGAAAUUAUCUUGGUAAUUCUUGAGGGAUGCUCUCAUAAGCGAUAGGGAGAACUUUUGUUCUUGAAUGUUGGAGCUGUGAGGAUGGCUAAAGGAGCAUCUAUCUUGGGAAACAGGUGAUUUUUAGCAACAAUCCUUAGAAUUGUGGCUGAUUUCAGUGAUUUGAGAAACAGAUUUUGUUAGGUUUGCUUCAGCUGCUGUUUGGAUUAGGGUCCCAGAUUAGACGUAUUGUGACAGGAACAUUACUAAGAUAAGCAACAAGUGAACAUACAUAGUGCAAAUCAGUAUGAUGUUAACAUGAUUAACAACAACAAUAAUAAUACCCAACAAUGUAAACCUGCAAUUCUGUACCAAAUAUCUGGGGAUCUAUCAUGGUAUAAGAUUGCACUGUAAGUUUCUUUCAUGAUGCUGCUUAAAGGUAUUUUCACACCCAAGUUCAAAA